AAAUUUUUGUAAAAAAAAAACGUAGAAUUGUAAAUCAAAGUAAAAACACAAAAUUUCAAUUUAUCUAGUGAAAGUCGGCGAAACCAAUAAAAAAAGCAAAAAAAAAAAUGUCGUCACGUUCCAAAGAACGAGUAACGGCUGUUAUUCGAAAAAUUUUCCGUAGUCCUGGUGCCAAUAGCAAAAAUAAGACAAAUGGCAAUACGACAAACACCACAACAACAACAACAACAAAUUCCACUAAUAACAAUAAGACUCCCGAUGAUAAUGCCGGCGUUGUGGAUGCAUCUGCUGCCGUUGCCAAAUCAAUAAAUGAUAAUAAUAAUUCGUCAUCGAAUGCGAAUAACGCCAACACCAACAACGGUAAUGGUCCCCCUAGUAGUAAUAAUAACAAUAAUAACGGCAUUGUGGCGAAUAGUCCUGGCAAACGACUCAGAUGUGCCAUCUCGCCUACGUCAAAACUAGGAGUCCCCGUACCUAAGCCAAUCGAUACCACAAUCAGAUCUAGACGACUUAUGAAGGAGUUUAAGGAAAUUCAACGCACACAACACUCGAAACCUAGUCCAGCAUUUACUGUCGAAUUAAUCAGUGACAACUUGUACGAAUGGCAUGCCCGUCUCUACCACAUCGAUCCCGAUUCCCUGCUUGCCGACGAUAUGCGCGAAUUUAAAAUCGACCAUAUCCUGCUGCACGUCGUUUUUCCCGAUAAUUUUCCGUUUGCGCCGCCCUUCAUGCGCGUCGUCGAGCCGCACAUCGAAAAAGGCUUCGUGAUGGAAGGCGGUGCCAUUUGCAUGGAACUUUUGACGCCACGUGGCUGGGCAUCCGCAUAUACCGUCGAAGCGCUUCUCAUGCAAUUCGCUGCCAGCUUGGUCAAGGGCCAGGGACGCAUUUCGCGCAAAGUGAAAGGAAACAAGGAAUUUUCCAAUAGACGUUCAGCCGAAGAAGCAUUCCGGUCGCUGGUGAAGACACACGACAAAUACGGAUGGGUGACACCUUCAUUGUCAGACGGUUAAAAAUCCCGAGUCUCGAAUUACCUUAUCGCAAAAAAAAAAUUUCAACGCAAAAAAUCUGUGAUUUAGUUUUUUGAUUCGUUCGUUCGUACAAGGAAAUUCCAAUAAAAUUAAUUUAGGCCUUAUUUUUGUUGCUCAAUCGAAUUUUAAGUUCCUUUUCGAAUAAUUACUCGUAUGAAAACUAAUAA